UUAUGCCAGAUGUGAACCCUGCCCUUAGUGACUUAGAUUUGUGAAUGAGGUACCAUAUCCAGGGACCUCUCAGUGAUGAAGUUGCGUUGCUCACUGACAUCCACUACACAUCUUCCUCCUCUGUGGAGAGGGAUGCACAGUGGAGUUCUGGUUUUGGAAGGAUGAAUAUUUAAAGAACAAUCUUCAGUCUUGCUUCAAAAUGUCUCUGUGUGCACCUUCUCACAAGGACUUUUCUCAGUUGCUGCCACUUCAGGAUAUUGGAUGCAAUAAAACAGAAAUUAAAAACUCACCCGCUGGUAUCGUCUCUCCAGUUCCCUACAGCUGUAAUCAGUCCACGUUGACAACAGAACACAGUCCAGUCUAUAUUCCCUCAUCUUACAUGGAAAACAGACAUGAAUAUUCUGCAAUGGCAUUCUGCAGUCCUGCUAUGAUGAAUUACAACAUUACCAGCAAUUUUGGUGAUUCAGAGAGUGCAUCUGUGAGGCAAACAACCAGCCCCAAUGCGUUAUGGUCUGCUCCUGGCCAUCUCUCCCCUCUGACGUUGCACUGUCAGUCAUCGCUUCUGUAUGCAGAGCAGCCAAAGAGUCCGUGGUGCGAAGCAAGACCGAUGGAGCCGGUGCUGCCUGUGACCAGAGAAACAUUAAAAAGGAAAAGUAAUGGCAAUGACUGUACAAGCCCAAUUGCAAAUAAUCCUGGCUCAAAAAGGGAUGCCCACUUUUGUGCAGUCUGCAGUGACUAUGCUUCGGGAUACCACUAUGGGGUCUGGUCAUGUGAAGGCUGCAAAGCAUUCUUUAAAAGAAGUAUUCAAGGACAUAACGAUUACAUCUGCCCAGCUACCAAUCAAUGCACGAUAGACAAAAACAGGCGCAAGAGCUGCCAGGCAUGCCGGCUGCGGAAAUGUUAUGAAGUGGGAAUGAUGAAAUGUGGCUCAAGAAGAGAACGUUGCGGCUACCGGAUCCUGCGUCGUCACCGUAAUUCAGAAGAUCAGGUGCACUGCAUUGGCAAAGCUAGGAAAUACAAUGAGACAGCAACCCGUGUAAAAGAGAUCCUGCUCAGCACAGUCAGUCCGGAACAGUUUGUUUUAACGCUACUUGAAGCGGAGCCUCCCAAUGUGUUGGUGAGUCGUCCCAGCAAACCCUUCACGGAGGCCUCCAUGAUGAUGUCCCUGACAAAACUGGCAGACAAAGAGCUGGUUCACAUGAUUGGUUGGGCCAAGAAAAUUCCUG